UCAUUGUUUAAGGUUUAUAUCCUGGUUGAAUUCCUGCUUCCGGAUUUCAUCUUAGCGACAAUAAUGAAGACUGUUAGACUUUUUCAUCUUGUCUUGACGACUUCAUUUAUAUUGAGUGCUGCAGUCGCAGAGAGCGAUACUGAAGUGGCAAUUUUGGUCAAUGGUACUGGCAUUCUGAAUUGUACGUCUGAUAAACAGUCAACGAUAUAUGUUGACUCUAUCGAGGUUAACUCACCAUUGUGCAACAGCACUGAUACAGCAGUUGUAUGGCACUUUAAAAGUAUUUGCAAUGGUAAAACAGUUUGUGAAUUUAGUAUCAUGAAUGAAAUGAGGGACGUUAACACAACAUGUUCUUUGAAUGGGACCGAUAGUGAUCUACUUGACGUAAACUAUCACUGUGUUCGUACUGGUAUGUGGUCAAAAUGGAAUGACUAUUCCUUUUGUUCUGUGACGUGUGGUGGAGGUGUACAAACCAGGUCACGAAUGUGUACCAAUCCAGCUCUAAAUGAAAAUGGUCAUAACUGUUCUGGUAACAAUGUAGACGAAAAAAUCUGUAACACACAAAACUGCUCUAAUCCUUUCACUAAGUACUAUAUGGAGGAAGACACAGCUUAUCUAACAUGUUCAAUUGAAUUCAACGAAAUAAUGACAAUAGUUGCAAUCAAAUAUGAAAAAGGAUCCUGCAGUCACAAUGAUUUACAUGGUAUCGGGAAUAUAUGUAACGGGAUGACAGAAUGUAUUUUUAACGUUUCUAACAGUAAUGUUGGUAGUUCAUGUGGUGCUAACGGAACGGCAUCUCUUGAAAUUACGUACAAUUGCAUACGAAAUGGUGGUUGGUCAUACUGGAAAAAUGCAACAACAUCUUGUCCCGUCAACUGUGGUGGUGCUUUACAAAAUGUUACACGCAGUUGUACAAACCCGACCCCAAAUGAGUUGGGAGCCUCGUGUUCUGGAACCAGUUUUGAUGAGCAAAUAUGCAAUGACAAUUCUUGUCCUUUUAUAGGAAGCGUAUGUAGAGAUACCAAAACUGUUUGGACAUGCCCAGAUGGAUAUAUACAAAUGAAACGUGCAGACUGGAUAGCAAGUAACACUUGUGGUGUGCCUGGAAUUACGUCAAAGUUUGAUGUUCUCCGAGAAAUGAGGCAACAUUGCAAUGAAAGGAAAUCUUGCACAUUUACAGCAAACGAUAAUACUUUUAACGUUAGUUGUAAAGAACUACAUAAAACAUGUUCUCAAUUAGAAUAUGAAUAUAUAUGCACAAAAGCAAAAUUGAAUACUUGGACUGAGUGGUCGAUAUGUUCUAAAUCAUGCGGUUCUGGAGAACAAGUAAGAACACGCAACUGUUUAAACCAGUUUAACACAACGGAUGGUUAUUUGAUUGACUGCAAAGGGUCGUCUGAAGAAACAAGAAUGUGCAACAGUAUCCAGUGUCCAUAUUGCGAUGAAAAUAUUUUUCCUCAUCAGAUACCAAGUAAUUUCAAACUUAAACGGGAUGUGUCUUCUAAUUCUGGAAAGACAGACAUAUACAAAAUUGGAUGUUGUGGUACAGUAAAUGCAUUUCAAUUUAUUCCUAUAAAUACUGGAGAUGUUAAAUUUAUUGUUUGGAGGCGCGUGAGAGGAAAUACAUACAAAGCUAUUAAGAAAAAUACAAUAUCCGUUACAGCACAAAACAUUGGGAAGUUUGUUCAACACAACUUGACAAAAUAUGAACGCAUAGCUGUCGUGCAUGACGACAUAGUUGGAUGGUACGAUGGCGGCAAUAAUAUAAUCGGAUAUUACGACUGUUCUCCCGACAAUGAAACCUGUAUGGCAUUUUCAUUGAUGAAAACCGUAAAUGAUGGCGAUGAGAUUGACACGGAUGGCUUACCUUCUAUAUCUGAAAAAAUAUUUGCAUGGAAUUUUUCAACAACUGAGAACAUGGCAGUUGAAUUGUCGUUUGCAGAUGACUCCAUUGAAAUUCCUGACAACUCUGCAGUAGACACCUAUGUGACAAACAUUAGAAUCAAAGACCCAGAUCAAGGCGAUUUCAUUGAGAAUAUAAAACUGGACUAUGACAAUCAGUAUUUCUAUUUUGAUACAAAAUUAAGAAACAUCUACGUAAAGGAAGUCUUGCCACAUACAGUUGGACAGAAAUCUUACAGCCACAAUAUUACACUGACAGUGCAGGACUCAUGUUAUAAUUCUAUAACUACAAAUGUUACGAUAUUAAUAUAUAAUGUUCCUCCUGUGAUUAGCGGAUUACAAAACACUUUGGAAAUAGAUCAUGCUACAGCUGAAAGCAAUCCAUAUCUUGCAAAAUUCCAAGUAAAGGACCCUUCUGGUGAUAAUAUUUCUUGUAUGAUCAACGAGACGAAUGUACCAACAGAAUUGUUUUACCUACAGCUUGAUGACAAAGAUGCGUAUUUGAGAUUGAUGAAUAACGUGAGCAUUCAAAGUAAUACAAGUUCCGAAUUUAUACUUAUUAUUAUAUGUGGAGAUGGAACAGAAAACACAGAGUUCGAGCUCAAAUUAAAGUUUCGACCGAAGAACGAGGGUACAUCGACAAUUCCGUCGAACGAACCUAGUGCCAUGCCAAUAAUUAUAGGGGUAUGUGUCUUUAUGUUGUGUCUUAUCAUUUUGGUCAUACUUGCAUGCUUUUGUAAAAGGCGGAGAAAACUAGUCGUGAACGAAACGUCGGAGGACAAACUAAAAUAUGCCACGUGUUCAGUCGGUGCAGAUGUUAUAGAGAACCAAUAUAAUGAUAUGGGACAAACUGUAGACCAGCAUAAAACUAACGAUUACGUAGAAAUGUCCGGCAAACCACCUGAAAAGGAGAAAGCAUUUCACUUAGGUACGUCCGAGGUCGGCGCUUACACUGAAGCAUGGAGAUGAUUCAUUUACUUUUAUGUACAUUUUAUUUAACACUAAUAUCGUUUCUUUUUUCUACAUUCAUUUAUUAUUAAAUAUCAAUGUUUUCUUCAUAAAAGAUUAAAUAAGGACGGUUUCAUCUAUAAAGGGAUUUUGGAGGUGAUUGUUUGCUUCAAAUUUGACUUCUUUUUGCCUAGAGUUGUAAUCACUUUUAUCGAGGCCUGUUCUAUUGGGGAAAAAACUGUCAUUUAUUUUAUUUGAAUAAAUAUUCGUUAACAUAUCAUUUGUCUGCAUAUAUACAAUAUAAUGAUUUUUACUAUAUACAUUAUUUAUAAAUGCCAUGUACAUUUUAAUUUCUAUUUCAGUUGCCAUGUAUUUGCUUUUUAUAAUAAAAUAAAACUAUAUGCAUUUUAAA